AUGGAGCUAAUUAAAGAUGAUACACCUUCAAAGUCUGGCGAAAAUAAGUUCAACAACUGUUAUGUCAAGAACUUCAGAUCUGACGUGGACGACCGAUACUUGAAGGAGAUCUUUGGCAUAUUCGGUGAAAUUCUUAGUUGUUUUGUACCGAAAGAUGAAAACGGUAACUCAAAGGGCUUCGGUUUCGUCUCUUUCAAAGAUACCAACAGUGCUAAAAAGGCAGUUGAUGCUUUGAAUGGCAGAGAUAUCGAUGGUAAAAAACUCUAUGUAGGUAAAGCACAGACAAAGGAAGAAAGACGGAAAUUUUUGCUCCAACGAUAUACCCAAGGAACAAAUCUUUACAUCAAAAAUCUUCACGACUCAGUUGAUGAUGCUCUCUUAAAGAAGAUGUUCUGUAAAUUCGGCAACAUUACUAGUGCGAAAGUUAUGUUAAAUGAAAAUGGCAAGUCAAAAGGAUUUGGUUUCGUAUGCUUCUCAACACCGAAUGAAGCUAGAGAGGCCAUAAGUCUAAACGGUGUUAAAAUUGGAAGAAAGAAAUUAUAUGUUGCCCUUGCUCAAAGCAAGGAAGAAAGAAGAGCCAUGCUCUUGGCUGAACAUCAACAGAACCCAUGGUGGGACCAAAAUAUUGCCCUAAGUCCUCAUACUUCCCCUGGCUUCUAUGGACAAAUUCCUGUCAAUGGACUUCAGCCUUCCAUCACCCCUAAUGUACCUUGUAGCCCACCUAUAAGGGGGAAUCGCGAUAUGGCUGGUCACCCAGUUGGUUGUUCUAGAAUCGAAGAUAUCUCACCUUUGAGGGCGUACUUACCAGAUCAGUGCGCUUGUGCUUCUGCAUAUCUGCAAGCAGAUUCUCAUGGUGUUCUCGUCGACUCUCGGUUCCAUUGUCAAGCUGAUGCCCAUAACUUGACACUUAAUUCAGCUUCUGUAUUUGCUGGACAUCACUGUGAAACUCAACUUUCUGAUAUGUUCGGUCGAAUGCUAGGAACCACUGGCUCUGGAUCACUUCAAAAUUUAUCCGUGUCUGCCCCUUUUUCCCAACCAAAUAUGCUUCAGAACAUGCUCGCGUUAGCGAAUAGUCCUCAUAAUGUGGGCACAGUUCUUUAUCACGGAUCCUCUAUCAUUGGUUUACCUGUUGGUGUGGGGAAAAAUGUUGUAACUGGAGGACAAGCGUCGGGGUCUUCUGCGGGUGGGACUGAAAGUGGUGUCGAAAACAAGCAUUUAACUUCGGAUGAGCGUCAAGCAUAUGGUAACAUACUUUACCAAAAAAUAGUAAAGAGCGAACCUACUCUUGCUAGUAAAAUUACAGGAAUGAUUCUUAAACUGAAUCCAUCCUUUGUUCUCAAGGUCGUAAUCAGUGAUGCCGUACUAGAAAAAGCGAUCAAUGACUGUAAAGCCGAAAUAUUAUCGAAGCAACGAUCUCAAAAGUAA